AGUAAAUUUGGUAACACCCGGUACCACUCCUGGUUCAAACUCCGUUCGGUCAACAUCCACUGGCACCCACAGACGAUCGACAAUGGCAGAUCUGAGCAGCAGAGAUGUCGAAAAGGCGGAAUUCGCCUUCUCCAUUUAUGAUGAGGACGGCACCAAUGUCAUCGACGCGGUAAACCUUGGCAAUGUCCUUCGAGCAUUGAACUUGAACCCCACGAAUGCCACCAUCGAAAAGUUGGGCGGCACGAAAAAGAAGGGCGAGAAGAAAUUGAAACUGGACGAGUUCCUGCCCAUCUUCAGCCAGUGCAAAAAAGACAAGGAGCAGGGGUGCUACGAGGACUUCCUUGAAUGUUUGAAGUUGUAUGAUAAGCAAGAAAACGGAAUGAUGCUCGGUGCGGAACUGUCUCACACACUGUUAUCACUUGGUGAGCGUCUUACUGACGCGGAAUGCGACGAAGUGAUAAAGGAUUGCAUGGACGCAGAGGACGAAGAUGGUUUCAUCCCUUACGCCCCCUUCUUGAAGAAGAUGAUGGUGCUGUUGUAAACAGUGAAGGUGUUAUCAAGACAAUGAUCAUCCAUCGUGACGUUCCUUCGUAGGCUGUGCGAGAGGGCAACAGCGACUGACGACGACUAGAAUGAUCGCCGUCGAUAUUCAUCCACUAGGCUCCGCGUCAACGAAGGAUAAAAUCGCUAAUAUCCACUCAUCACAUUCACCAAACUUUUCAUAUCCCUCGUUCGAUUCAUAUCACGCGAUCACACGAGGAUUCACCUGACAAUUUGCACAUAAACAACAUACAAACACGAACUUGGAGUCAGCAUCGUCGAGACAGCAUUUCGCUAAGCAACAAAAAGAAGAAGGACGAUCCAUCGAGUACAAAAAAAGAGAGCAACUUUAUUUCAUCUCGUACGCAUGCCACAUCGUUGAUUUGAUUCGGUCUCAUACACUGUUGCACGGCACAACGUCCACGUUAAAUUUACAUUGAAUAAGAAUGUGAGAUGUCUUAAUAUAGCAACAUUGUACAAAGUCGAAUGAAACGGUCGAUGUUAAUUUACUUCUUACUGUUACUGUAAUAAAUCGUUUCUCUCAAACUACCGGAGAGGAUUACAAAUCGC